CAGGGCGCCAGGGCAACAAUUUGGCGCCAAUAUUUCGCUAAUUUUCUUUUUUCCAUAUUACCCGAAUCGUACCCGCACUAUCUCUCUCGUGGAAUUUAGAAAAUGCAGCGACAGAAAUCGAUCCUAUCAUUCUUCCAAAAACCCUCGCCGGCCAAUCAGAGCUCCGGCGCCGGAGACACUAUUAACGGGCAGAAACUUCAUUUCCUGGCAAAGCAGCAGAAACAAGAGGUCACCUCUUCGAGUGAACCUGAGAUUCAUAGUCAUGGUUCACUGGACUCGUCUCUGGAAAUUAGGGGAACCGAUACCCCACCAGAGAAGGUGCCACGUCAGAUUCUCCCCGGGAGCUUCAAGCAGAAUGAGAGCAGCGGUGGUUCUUCACUUUUCUCGAGCAUUAUGCAUAAGUUCGUGAAGGUCGAUCACAAAGAAAAGCCUCUGGAGAGUUUUACUGAUCCAGAAGGACUCACCAAAGAAGAAGCAGCUCCUCAACAUUCUGAAAAGGACAAUGCUUUCAGCUCCAAUGGGGCAGUUGAUAAUGGAGGCAUAGUACUUGUCAGAAGCAAUGGUGAUGUUCCUGAGCCAGAGACACCGGGUGUGCUACCUCUAGUUCCUCGUUUGAAGCGAAUUCAAGAGGAUGGUUCUAAGUUUGAUGGGAAGAAUGGUCUUUCCUUGUUAAAUGCUGGCAAGAGAGUGAAACUUCUUCUUGAUUCAACAUCCCCAAGCAAGAACCAUGAUGGAAUAUCUGAUUUAACUACCAAAUUUGAGUGGCUUGACCCUCUGCGAAUUAGGGAUGCCAAUGGGAGAAGGCCCAGUGAUCCUCUCUAUGACAAAAAGACACUAUAUAUACCAGCUGAUGCAUUAAAGAAAAUGUCAGCAUCUCAAAAACAAUAUUGGAGUGUCAAAUCUCAGUACAUGGAUGUUGUUCUUUUCUUUAAAGUGGGAAAAUUCUAUGAACUUUAUGAACUGGAUGCUGAAAUUGGCCACAAGGAGCUGGAUUGGAAAAUGACAUUAAGUGGUGUGGGGAAGUGUCGGCAGGUUGGUAUAUCUGAAAGUGGGAUUGAUGAUGCUGUUGAAAAGCUGGUUGCUCGUGGAUAUAAAGUUGGACGAAUAGAGCAGUUGGAAACAUCUGAUCAAGCAAAAGCUAGGGGUGCAAAUUCUGUAAUUCCAAGAAAAUUAGUUCAAGUUGUGACACCAUCUACAUUAACAGAUGGUAACAUUGGGCCUGAUGCAGUUCAUCUUCUUGCUAUAAAAGAGGGAAAUUAUGGGCUGGAUAAUGGGGCAACUGUUUAUGGAUUUGCUUUUGUUGAUUGUGCUGCUUUACGAUUUUGGGUUGGUUCUGUCAACGAUGAUACUUCCUUUGCUGCUUUGGGGGCAUUAUUGAUGCAGGUGUCACCUAGGGAAGUUAUAUAUGAAAGCAGAGGCAUGUCCAAAGAAGCACAGAAAGCUCUCAGAAAAUACUCAUUAACUGGUUCAACAACACUGCAGUUGACACCAGUUCCACCCACCAGUGAUUUCCUGGAUGCUUCUGAAGUUAGAAAUUUGAUUCAGUCCAAGGGUUACCUUAGAGGGUCUUCUAACCCAUGGAAUAAUGCACUUGACAGUGUAAUGAACCAUGAUACAGCCCUAUGUGCUCUUGGUGGACUUAUUGAUCAUCUGUCCAGGUUGAUGUUAGACGAUGUUUUGCGGAAUGGAGAUAUUUUUCCCUACCAGGUUUAUAAAGGUUGCCUCAGAAUGGAUGGACAGACUCUGAUUAAUCUUGAAAUUUUCAAUAAUAAUGCUGAUGGUGGUUUAUCGGGUACAUUGUUUAAAUAUCUUGAUAACUGUGUGACGUCAUCUGGUAAGCGGCUUUUAAGGAAGUGGAUCUGCCAUCCACUGAAAUGUGUUGAAGGCAUUAAUAAUAGGCUUAAUGUAGUCGAGGAUCUAAUGGCAAAUUCAGAAAUUAUGUUAGUUGUUGCACAAUAUCUACGCAAGCUUCCAGAUAUAGAAAGGAUGCUUGGACGAGUCAAGGCAAGUUUUCAGGCAUCAGCUUCUCUUGUAGUACUCCCCUUAAUUGGCAAGAAAGUGUUGAAACAGCGAGUGAAAGUGUUCGGGUCUUUGGUGAAAGGACUUCGAAUUGGAAUGGAUUUAUUAUUGCUCUUAGAGGAGGAAGGCAAAAUAAUGUCAUUAUUAUCAAAAAAUUUUACACUUCCUGAGCUAAGUGGAAGUGCUGGGCUCGGCAAAUUCCUUGCCCAAUUUGAAGCAGCUGUGGAUAGUGAGUUCCCUAAUUACCAGAACCAUGAUGUAACAGAGUCAGAGGCUGAAACACUAUCUGUGCUGAUUGAAUUAUUUAUUGAGAAAUCUGCGCAAUGGUCUGAAAUGAUCCAUGCUAUCAAUUGUAUCGAUGUUCUAAGAUCUUUUGCGAUCACUGCAAGCAUGUCAUCUGGAUCUAUGUCCAGGCCUGUUAUUUUGCCUGAAUCAAAAACUGCUGCCUUUACCCAAGAAACCAGAGGACCUGUACUUAAAAUUAAAGGUCUGUGGCAUCCAUUUGCUCUUGGAGAGAAUGGAGGACUGCCUGUCCCAAAUGACUUGCACCUAGGUGAGGAUUCAGGUGGCUACCAUCCUUGCACUUUACUGCUGACUGGACCAAAUAUGGGUGGAAAAUCAACCCUUUUGCGUGCCACAUGUCUGGCCGUUAUACUGGCUCAGCUUGGCUGUUUUGUGCCUGGUGAGAAGUGUGUUCUCUCAGUUGUUGAUGUCAUCUUCACACGGCUUGGUGCCACUGAUCGAAUUAUGACUGGCGAGAGUACAUUCUUCAUUGAGUGCACAGAAACAGCGUCCGUUCUUCAAAAUGCCACACAAGAUUCUCUUGUUCUUCUUGAUGAACUAGGUCGAGGAACAAGCACUUUUGAUGGAUAUGCCAUUGCAUAUGCAGUGUUCCGUCAUCUUGUUGAGAAAGUAAAUUGCCGAUUGCUUUUUGCAACACACUAUCAUCCUCUCACAAAGGAAUUUGCGUCUCAUCCACAUGUCACACUGCAACACAUGGCCUGUGCUGUUAAGUCAAAAUCAGAAAACUAUUCCGAAGGUGACCAGGAUCUGGUUUUUCUAUAUCGGCUUGCCUCUGGAGCAUGCCCUGAGAGUUAUGGAUUACAAGUGGCUAUUAUGGCUGGAAUCCCUGAAAUGGUGGUGGAUGCUGCUUCAAAGGCUGGCCAAGUGAUGAAAAAAUCAAUUGGAGAAAGUUUCAAUUCAAGUGAACAGAGAUCAGAGUUCUCAACUCUCCAUGAAGAUUGGCUGAAGACUUUACUAAACGUCUCACAAAUUGGAGAUUGUAAUUUUGACAACGAUGAUGUUUAUGACACGUUGUUUUGCUUGUGGCAUGAAGUAAAGAGCUCAUACCAACCGUGUAAAUGAAAAGAGUAAGGGUUUCAUGUACAUAUUACCUCAAAAGUUGCUAAUUUGAGAGAAGAGGUCAGUUCGCUCUGCA